GAGAGAGAGAGUGUAUCGUGGCUCUCCGUCUCUCAGCACCUGUGUGACCGCAGAACAAGCCGCGUUGGUCGCUUCGCCUCGAGCUGAACACCUCCUGUCCCUCCGCUGCAGCUCGGCUCGGCUCGGACCUCCUCUCCGCUGCGGCUGCAGGAGCUGCCCCCUCCCCCCUCCCCCUCUCUCCGUGGUCGCUCGCUCAGGGACCGGGAGGCUCCGGCGUGCAGAGCCGGGGUGAAGCAUGCGUGCGGCGGAUCAGGUCCUGCUCCGUGUCCCGGUGCGGAGCGCGGGAUCAUCCUGAUGCUGGACUUGUUGCUGCGGAAGGAAACACAGUGUGAGAGGAGAGGAAGCACCGGGGAGCGGGUUUAACGGGUUUAAGCAGAGAAUUACAGCUUCAGGAGUUUCAGUGUGUGUGUGUGUGUGUGUGUGUGUGUGUGUGUGUUUGGUGUGUUUUACGCGGACACACACUCCGCUCCUGUGGAUCUGUGGACUCUUCUCUUUACGCGUCGACUUGGAGCGUUAAAUCCUCUUUUUGUUCGGCUCCAUCUGUUGCCCGCUCGCCGUCUUCUCUCACCGGAUGUCCGCUCGCCGCUCCGCCGCUCCGUGAACCUCCUCUAACGAGCCUCCGCACAGCUCCGGGAGCAGCAUGGCGGCAGGAGUCGCGGCGUGGCUGCCGUUCGCCCGCGCGGCGGCCAUCGGCUGGAUGCCCGUGGCCACCGCGCCCAUGCCGGUGCCCCCGAAGGACAAGCGCCGCGGACACGAGGGGCUGAUCGUUCUCAACGUGAGCGGCACAAAGUUCCAGACGUGGCGGGACACGUUGGAGCGGUACCCGGACACCCUGCUGGGCAGCUCGGAGCGGGACUUCUUCUUCCACGAGGAGAGUAACGAGUACUUCUUCGACCGCGACCCGGACAUCUUCCGCCACAUCCUCAACUUCUACCGCACCGGGAAGCUGCACUACCCGCGGCAGGAGUGCAUCUCCGCCUACGACGAGGAGCUGGCGUUCUUCGGCAUCAUCCCGGAGAUCAUCGGGGACUGCUGCUACGAGGACUACAAGGACCGGCGGCGGGAGAACCAGGAGCGGAUCCAGGACGACGAGGAGACCGACGCCACCAACGAGCUGGUCCCCCCGGACAUGAGCUUCCGGGAGACCAUGUGGCGCGCCUUCGAGAACCCGCACACCUCCACCAUGGCGCUGGUCUUCUACUACGUCACCGGCUUCUUCAUCGCGGUGUCGGUUCUGGCCAACGUGGUGGAGACGGUCCCGUGCGGCACCGCGCCGAACCGCGCCAAGGUGGUGUCGUGCGGGGAGCGGUACGCGUUGGCCUUCUUCUGCCUGGACACCGCGUGCGUCAUGAUCUUCACGGUGGAGUACCUGCUGCGGCUGCUGGCCGCGCCCAGCCGCUACAAGUUCGUCAAGAGCGUGAUGAGCAUCAUCGACGUGGUGGCCAUCAUGCCCUACUACAUCGGCCUGGUCAUGACGGACAACGAGGACGUGAGCGGCGCCUUCGUCACGCUGCGCGUCUUCAGGGUGUUUCGGAUUUUCAAGUUCUCGCGACACUCUGCGGGACUUCGCAUCCUGGGCUACACCCUGAAGAGCUGCGCCUCGGAGCUCGGCUUCCUGCUCUUCUCUCUCACCAUGGCCAUCAUCAUCUUCGCCACCGUCAUGUUCUACGCGGAGAAAGGAUCCAGCGCCAGCAAGUUCACCAGCAUCCCGGCCGCCUUCUGGUACACCAUCGUCACCAUGACGACGCUGGGAUAUGGCGACAUGGUCCCGAAGACAAUCAUGGGGAAGAUCUUCGGCUCCAUCUGCUCUCUGAGUGGCGUGUUGGUCAUCGCCCUGCCCGUCCCCGUCAUCGUCUCCAACUUCAGCCGGAUCUACCACCAGAGCCAGAGAGCCGAGAAGAGACGAGCACAGAAGAAAACCAGGCUUGCUAGAAUUCGUGCAGUGAAGAGCGGAGGGGCUAACGCUUAUUUGCAGUACAAACGCAGCUGGCUGCUGAUUGACCCAGAUGAGGAGGCGUCCAAGGAAGCAGGACAGGCGCUGGUGUGUAAAACCAACCCCAACUUCGAGAUGCAUCAUCAUCACCUCCUGCACUGUCUGGAGAAGACCACAAACCAUGAGUUUGUGGAUGAGAAGACGUAUGAGGCCAGCUGCAGGGAGGUGACUCUGGUGAAGCAGGUUUCCUGUUCUUCCUCCAUCUCUUCCUCACCUCACGGCCUCACCUCCUGCUGUUCUCGCAGGAAGAGGAAGACCUUCAAUGUCCCAAACUCCAACAUGUCUGUAGGACUGCAAGGCAGCAUCCAGGAGCUGAGCACCAUCCAGAUCAGAGAGAGACCACUCACCAACAGUCGUUCCAGUCGAUCCAGUCUGAACGCCAAAUUCGAGGAGACGGUUCCUCUGAACUGUGACCAGCCGUACAUGACCGCCGCCAUAAUCAGCAUGCCCACGCCGCCUGGCACCACACCUGAGGGCGAUGAGUCAACCAGCUCCACCGACUACUCCCAGGCCAACAUCGUCCGAGUGUCAGCACUCUAGACGAUACCAACCCCCUCCGACACGGCAGGAGGACGACGGAGGUUCAGGGUCAGGGGUCAACAGCCCCAGCACCACAUCAGACUCAGACGGCAGGGUUUGGUAGCUGCUUCAUGUGUCCACGCUGGAAGUGAUGGGUUAGUUCAAACAGUUCUCCACUCCACCUCUCGGGGAGGAACACGUCAAUUUGAACACAGUAAAACUCAGCUAACCUCGGAUCACAACAUUUUCAACAGUUUCUUUUUGGAAGGAUUUUUACUCCAGCAGUGAAAUAUCAGAGAGGAGAAAAUGGCCGCUCUUUGGCUGAUGACUAAUAUCUCUCUGAGAGAAUUAAUCGUUAUUAUUGCUAUUUUUCAAAUCCUGUACGUCUUCAAAUUUUGUCUUAAAAACACAAAGAAAGUUGAUGCUAAUGUAGAUUUCUUUCUUUUGAAAGUGUUUUAAAGGAAACAUCCAACAUUUUAGGAACCACACUGUUAACCAUCUCACCAGAGUCAGAUGGGAAAAUGGAUCAGUUUCAGAUAUGUUUAGCCUAGCAUAGCACAAAGACUGGAUGCAGAGGGAAACUGCUAGCCUCAGUCUCGAAACCGCUCCAAAACUGUUUGAUUUACAUGUUGCAUCUCUUUAGUGAAUCACCGAUCCAUUAAAGAGUUAGCUGGGUUUAGCUGACCGGAGCCUGUCUUAGACUUUAAAAAUACUUACUUAUUUUGUCAUUACAUAAGAUGACGUAUCGUUAAGUCCUUGGUGUUGGACAAACAGUCUUCCAGAGCUAAGUGCUCCUAAAACCACAGUGUCUCAUUUUCUACUUGUGUCAAAUAAACAAGAUACAAUAUGUAAAGAAAGAUAGUUUUGAAAUUGUUGGUACUUUUUCUUCUCGUGAGACAAGGUUUCAUUUAGCUAGCUUAGAAGUUUCCCCAUCUUCCCAUCUAUCUCUGGGUAUAUUAGCCCUGGUUCAGGACAGUGUGAAUGGUCUUCUCAUGGAAAACUUCUCAUUGGAAAUUCAGUCAUUCAAGUUCAUAAAACCUGUGAAGAAUAUAUUAAGAAUAGAAACUCACCCUGUGGUUGGAAAGUUUUUAAGGUGGAAAAAAAACAAUGUUGACUGAGUGUCAAACAGUCUUAAGCAUGUUUUAGUGACUUUAAACUUAUUUAUUGUUUUUGAUAUUCAUUAAUACACUAUUUCCAUGAUUUCGAUAUUUAUUUGUUCACAUUUCUAUUUAUAAAGUCUGGAUAUGUGACCAAAUCACAGAGUGAUUUUGAGGAGUGUUGAAGUCUUAAAUAUUUCUAAGACCAUGAUACAGUUUGAGUUCUGGAUCAGGGCUUUGUCAAAUGGUUAUCAGCUGUUCCUCCCCCAUUAUAAGCUUUUCCUUUAAUUAGCUGAUUUAGAGGAGGAGGUUUUGUAUUUGCAGCUUGAUGUAGAAAGAUGAGACGAGGAAAACCUUCGAGCAUGUUCAGUAUCUGUGUGUGUUUGAGUGCAUGGACCAGGUGUGUUGUUCCUCUGCAUGCAGAUCAGAUUGAGUGUGUGUGUGUGACCCGCUACUGCAACAUGAGCGGACCAGGUCUGGUUUAGGUCCGGGUCUGGGCCUGGGUCUGGUCCUGACUGUGUAUAUAUUAGUUUUGUACCUGAUCUUUCUGUCGGAGCUCACUGCUCUUCCUCUCUGCUGUACAGACACAUGAACACACUGAACCGCCAUCUUGGAAAACACUGAUGUCAAUUUGUGAUAAGAAAAAAAUCUGUUUGUCUUUGCACUGGAGCUGGCAUUUAUCUUUGUUGUCCUGCUUGCUGGUUUAUUUAAAGCACAUGUUGCCUAAUGUUGUUUUUUUUUUCUUUUUUAGCCUUUAACUUUCAGCCAGGGUUAAAUCACUUUGUUGGGAAGAUGCUUGUCUUUUAUCACUGGUUGAAAGAACUGGUUUCAGGGAGAACUCUGUACUGUAACAAUAGCUGCAGCCGUAAUUUAAAUACAUAUAUAUAACUAUUACAAUGACUACUAAUGAGUGACCCCCUAAAUUAUAAGAUGUCCCAUCACCCAGCUGUCCACUGUAAGAAGAGCAGGAUCUAUGCUUUUAGCUGUUAGCUGUUAGCAGCAUCUUAUUUUUUAUUCUAUUAGCUGUAGCAACAUUUAUUUCAUGAGUUAGCCAAACUACAGUCUAAACUAAUAUUUUAAUAGUAGUAAUAACAAAGCCUUUGUCUUUUUGUUGUUGAAAAAGACCAAGAGAGUGAUGAGUCAGAACACAUAAUUCUCCAGCAUUGAACAUUGUAGCUAGGUAGUCGAGUAUUGAUCAGUAAAUAAUAGUAAAUAGUCAGAAUCUCCCAGUUAUACUUUUAAGAAUAUCACUUUAAUAUCUUUAUAAGAAGAUCUUUGGACACUGUCAGCCUGUGAACUUAUAACAUUAGCUAACGUUAGCUACGUAUCAUUAGCUCUGCUGCUAAAGGUCAGACUGACAGCUUCAACCAUAUCACAGUGAUGUAGCCGCUAACACUAAAUCUGAGCUAUGUUAAACUGUAGAAAUGUUCUGUUACUGAUUCUGACAGUAAACAGAAUUAAACAUUUUGGGAAAUUUAUUCAGAUUAAGAUAUUCAGAUAUAAUUGCAUGUGUUAUGCACAGAGCAUCAGGGCGAGGCUGGCCUAAUGUUAGCUUAGUAUUUUCAUCACGUACCUCCCACUGAAACCAUAAACUGUUGUUAAUAGAUUCUGAUUGUGUGCAGAUUAAUUAUUUAGCUUUAUGUGUGUUAGUAGGUGUAUUUCUGUAGUUUGCACUGAGCCACACUAUAGUUGUUUCACCCUGCUGCCAGUCUUUAUGGUACGCUAGGCUAACACAAAGAUCUGAUUCUCAUAAGUAACUUUAACUGUCAGAAACAGUGAGAUGAUAUUUCUCUGUCUUGAAACUAAGACAACACUAAAAUAUUUUGGUGAAUAUUUUGGAUCACAGUCCUCAUUUGACUUUCUUGUGGAUCCCCCAAAGUCCCAAAAUAUUAUGUUUAUAUCUUUUUAUAUUUUAUCAUUUUAUCAGCUUUUUAGAUAUCUGUGUUACAUUAAACAUUAUACAGUGACUAUAUUUCAUUGUGUAGUCAGGACGCGUUUCACACUGAAAUCUAGCCAUUGAACGAAAAUAUCCAGUAGUUUGGGUUCAAGUAGAGAGUUUUAUUGUUGACUGACAAAUGGAAAAACACUUAAUAUUUGUAUUUUUGUUAUGAAAAUGUUUAAAUUUAAAGUUGGAUCUAAUUUCUCAGAAACAUCAGUAUCUGCCCCAAAUGGUUGAACCCAAGUCACAGUGAACCAUUUCACUGAAACGUCUGAAGACGAACUUUGAAUCCAUUUUGAUACGAAGACACUGGUCUUUUUCUUAAACUAUGAAAACAUUCCUCUCCUCUGUGGGGAGACUUUGUUUGUUAUCCAUUGGAUUUUAAUGAAGAUUUUUCCCGGAUUCACCUUGUGGACGUUUCUACGCUACAACUGGAUUAUAAAUCAUUUGGAGAAGAGAGCACAGCAGAUCACAUUCAGAUGAUCUGGAUUUUAUUUUUUCUGCCAUCAGAGCACCAAAGUAUCAAACAUUUGUGAAUGAGCUCAGUUCAGCACUGAUGCAGUUAUAUUUAAAAAAAAAAAAAACAUUUUAAUGACUAAUAUUUCAUCUCAGUGCUGGUAUUUAUCUUGAACAUGAUCGGUUUCCUUGUUGAUUAUUUUCUAAGAUGUUUCCCAAAUUCAGCUUUUCAGACUGAAGAUGCAAAUGGCCAACCCCGCUAGCUGCCCCUUAUUUAACCCCCCAUCACCAUCACUGCUCGACAGUAAUUUUACAUAUGCAACCAACGUCUUUUUCUUUUUUAUGUUUGUUUUGUAAAGAUAGCUGAUGCUUGGGGACAUGGGGAAUAGAAGAAUAGAAACAUAUUUUUGAGGAUUAUAAUGUUAAUUUUUGGUUGCAAAAGAAAGAACAUUAUGAUUACUGUUGCUAGUGCACAUGUGCUGUAAUUGUUCUUUGGUGUAGUAAACCAUUUUUUUGUUUUUGAUAAUUUCCAUAAGAAGUUGUUGUGUCUUAUGUUCAGUUAACAUUCCACGUGGUAUUUUUCUAAAGCCUUUGCGAUACAACAUGCAUGCGUUUGGAUCAGUUGUCAUGUCAGAGGUGAUGAAGAUGAAAAGGAUUUACCUGUAAAUUGAAUAAAUUUUCCGGAUGA